UCAGGAAGGCGGCCGGACGGGGGAGAACUACCCUGUGGCCCUGCCCGGGAGAGAGCUCGGAGGGGGUCAGUUAGUUGGCUGUAGGCCGUGAUGUUCCAGCUUUCGCCUCGUCACACGCAGAUCCCAAGCUCAGUUCCGGCCUGAGCGGCUUGCCCUCGCGCUGUCUCUGUCUGUCUGUCCCUUUCUCUGCACAAGUAAUAUCAACGGUGGCGGCAGAGUCGAUUGAUCGCGCCGAAAACACCUGUGACAAGUGUGCCAUUUCGUAUUUUGAUGUCUUAUAAAAAGAAGUCCCUGCUCGAAAAUCUUCAAGUACCAAUUCGACAGUUACUGAACAUUUGAGCACUGUUUCUAUGCUGAUGGCCAUUGAACCUAAACCCUAAGAAACAGGAGAGUUGGACUGUUACAGAGGUGAUGUUAAACAGUAGAAGCUCCACUUGAUACCUCCUAAUCCUGCAAGAUGAAAAGGAUUUGAAAGAUCACUUUCUGAAGAGGAGCCAGAUACUCUGUUGGUAUCUUUCAACCAACACUGACAAUAACAGAUAAUUUGCUAUUGAAGAAUAAAGGAGAAAAAUGGCCAUUGAACGAGGUCAAAAGAUUUCUUUCCAGGAAAAUCUGGAAGCUAUCAAGGAGCGAAUGAAAGAGAAACGGAAUCAGAAUCAGACUAAAGUUAACAGGGGUAAACAAAUCUUGACCUCAAAAAUGAAAAACAAAGUACUGAGUAAAAGCUCUUUUAUAAAAAAUAUCCAAACAAACAAUCACAACCUAGCUCUAUCCCUGGAAGCUGAAAAGAAGAAACUGAGGCAAGCAUAUGAUGUCAUACUAUCCUUGAAAAGAGAACGCCAAGUAAUGAUGUUCUACAUUCUCAUGCUUAAAAGGAAACUUGAAGAACAUUUCCCAGAGCAAUUUGAGCGUUUGAAACUCGUUUCUGAUUCUAUAGGUGAGGAUCUAAGCAACUUGGGUGAUGACUUACCACAGUGCAUACCAUCGUGUUCUUCACCUGUUGAACUCUUCAAUCAGGAUGCUGAGAUGCAAGCUUCCUUGGAAAACUCCAGAAUUCAUUCUCCUGAAAAUACUGAGAUCACUACAGCUGAAGCGAGUAGAACACUGUUAUCCAAUAUGAUGGAGACACAGCCUUCAUUAAAAAGCAUAUCCAGAGGGAGAAGUCAAGACUCGGCCCAUUUAGUAGCUCCACUGGAUGAUGCAUUGUUUGAGAGAAUGGAUACAGUGCCAGCUGGGGUUUCCAUUAGGCGACAAUCUGGAAGGAGAAGCUCAUCUUUCCAUGCUCAAAUUAGUGCCUUCAAUUUAUUCACCACUUUUGAAAAUUGUACAGAGGUACCGUCCACAAGUGAAGAACACAAGUUUGAUACAAAUGUCAAACCUUUUGAAAAUGUGCCCAAUUCUCUCGAUUGUAGUCAAGGAACUGAAAUAGAAAGCACUGAACCAAAUCAGGUGCAAAUGUCGGACAACUGGGAUUCUGAGAAAGUUGAAACCAAGUUUGCAAGCAGUGUGAGGAACACUGAAGUUGUAAAUUCAAAACAUUCAGAGAGCAUUUCAGAAUUAGAACAGGAAGUUGAGCAAAGGGGAAGAAGAAGAAAGGUAAUGGAAAGAAAUAAAAGUACAUCUUUAAGUAAGCAUGUGAAACAAGUAAGAACUAGAGCCAGAUCAAAAAGUAGAGAUGGAAGUCAAAGCAAUGGAAGUGCUGGCAAAGAGAGAAAAAUGAUUCUUGAUUGUAGUGAUACAUAUAAUUUUGAUUAUGAAGAAAGUAUUCAUCUUACACCUUUCCGUAGAAAACCUGAGCCAAAUUCCAGUGAGAAUGUAAACUCUACUAAAAGCAGUAUUGGUUCAGAGAGUAAUUCAGAUGAUGAUUUGGAUGAUAGUCUUUAUCUACCUCCUGCUGAUAAAAGACUUAAGAAAUCAUGGAGUGCAUGUAAAGCUAAAAGUGAAACACCAACAGCUGUAAUAACCAGGCCAAGCCAAAGAACAGUAAUUCUCCGAAAAGACUCAACACUCAAAAAAGAAUCUGGAGUGGAAAUCAAGCAAAAUGAAAUAGCACAGUCUAACUUGCUGAAAACGUCAGAGUAUGAUAAAAUAAAUUUGUUGGAACAUUCUCAAACAGCUGCACAGCAUUUCCAGUUCCAAACUGAGUCAGAUAAUGAGCCAGAAAGCCCUUCUAUCAAACAUAAAAAUAUAGAGAAUUUUCAAAAUUCUGAAGAAAGCAACACUGUUGAAUAUCUCAAACCAGUACUGAAGAAAUGUAUGCUCCUACAGCAAGAAGAAAGUGCAGGAAAGAAUGCAACAAUGAAGAAUAAAGACAAGUUUAAAACACCAAGAAAGAACUUUAAACCUCGCUUCAGUCUGUGUGAUGUCACCAAUUUUUCAAAACUACCUUCUGAAAACAAGGAAAAGAAGAUGUCCUGUCCUGCUUUGUUAGAAAGAAUGAAUACAAUUUCGCCAAUAGUUCGUAAACGGAGAUGCACCAUGACUGUAAAUUACAAGGAACCCAGUCUCUUGGUGAAAUUACGGAGAGGAGACCGGUAUACUGACACACAAUUUUUGAAUUCACCAAUAUUCAAACAACGAAAGAACAAUGCGUGUAUCCGCAAAUCUGGGGAAAAGUCAUUUCCGCUGAGUAGAUAUAAUGAGGCAUUUGUUGGCUGCCGUUAAGUUUUUUUUACUAAAUAUGAAUUGUAUUGGGAUCAUGAUACUCUGAAGUUUAAUCAUUUAUUGUAUUUUUUAAAUUUCAAACCUAUUUCAUGGGAAGAGUUUUUACACAUGUAGUUAGAUGCUCAAGAAAAGCUUAAUAAAUAUGAUCUACAAGUUUAUUUAAUUGGUUAAUUAUUCCUGCACAAUGUCAGAUUUCUGUCCUCAAAAUACUAAUACUCGUCAAAUAACAUUGGAUUAUAUGAAAUGUCCACAUGAUUACAUCACCUGAGGCUGCAUCUGGAGUAUUUAGAAUUGCUUGAACACAUUGUGAAGCAUCUGAAUAAAUCAUAUUUAAAAUUU